GAUUUGCAAGGCAGUGGAAAUGGUGAAAAGCGGAGCGGAGAGAGGAGAAGUAAUGAAUAUCAUUUUAUUUCAUUUCUCAUACUCGCUGCCACUGGAGCAGAACAUUACCUAUCAGUACGGCAAUUGGGUUGAUUAUUGAUUUAAAUCUUCUUUAUCUGUCAUUUUAUACUGUAGGAUAUUUUCCCAGCUAGAGCUACUUGAUGAAAAACUAGGUAAUAAAAAUUCAGACUUUGCCCAACGCUGUUAAAAGGGACGAGAUAAGACUAUAAUAUUGUAUAAAGGUUGUACUUUUUGGAUUUCUGUGUUAUUACAUGGUAGGUUAAUGCUCCACCAAAACACAGAUUGAACCGACUAAAAUGAGAAGGCUUUCAAUUGCUGUGGUAAUCUGCAUAUUUGCUUCUUGCCUUGUCAAAGGCAACAGUUGGUGGGAGGAUUAUGAGGAAGGAAAGAAGCACUACAGUGAGGAGGCUCUUAAUAAGGAGUUUCCAGAGAAGACGAGACCUCAAGGCUUCAGUCACCCCCCGUUUCAGUGUCCAGACAUGAGCCCCUCUCCCACCAAUCCCUCAUCUGUUGAGCUUGUGAAAGCAGCUGACAUCAGAGUUAUAGCAGCCAUGGGUGAUUCGCUGACAACAGCAAUUGCUGCCAAUGCAUCCAAUGUCCUCCAAGUGCCCAUUGAAUACCGUCAAGUUUCAUGGAGUAUUGGGGGCUAUGGAACAAUCCAAGAUGUUAUUACACUUGCAAACAUUGUCAAACUGUUUAACCCAAAUGUGCUGGGGCCAGCACCCGUGAUGACCUUCCAUGGUGUUCCUACAACCAUCAAUGAAACAGGCUUCAAUCUGGCAGUCACUGGACACAACACUUUAAAUUUCUCUGAACAGGCCAGACACCUUAUUGACACACUCAAGAGCUAUCCAGGUCUGAACUUUACAGAGGACUGGAAACUGGCCACUGUACUUAUUGGAAUGAAUGAUAUCUGCGAUUACUGUAAAAACAAGACACUCUUCUCAGUGGACAAUUUCAUUCAUUAUAUGGCAGAGUCCCUGGACAUGAUGAUGAAUGAGGUCCCCAGGAUGAUCGUGAAUGUGGUUCAGAUCAUGACCAUGGAGCCAUUGAGAGAGGUCCAGAGGCCAACUGUGGGCUGCCUGCUGCAGAAGUCUUUCUGUUCUUGCUUGACAACGCCACCUUCUGAUUCUCCUGAGCUGAAGGAGCUUGUUGAGUUGAACUUUGAGUUCCAGAGGAGGUUGGAGAAACUUCUCCACAGUGAUCGUUACUUUAAGGAGGACUUUGCUGUGGUUCUCCAGCCCUACCUGAAAAAUGCACAACCACCAAGGCUUCCAAAUGGGAAUAUUGACAUGAGCUUUUUCGCCCCUGACUGCUUCCACUUCACCAUUAAAGGCCAUGAGGAACUGGCUAAGGGCUUGUGGAACAACAUGUUCCAGCCUGAAGGAGAAAAGUUCCUGCUUGAGACAUUCUCUGAACCGAUUAAACUGAUAUGUCCCUCUGAGGAACAUCCUUACAUCUACACAAGACCUCAUCGUCCCACAUCAUCCUCGCCCACAUUGUCCAGCUCGCUCCAGCUCUGGCUUUUCCUGUCCCUGUUGACUGUGACAUACAUCGUGUAAUGCCUAAAUUAUAACCUCACCUCUUUGAGGCUCAGUUCGCUGAGUAUGGGACAACGUAGACUAAAUAAAGUUUUUCUAUUCAAAGAGUUCUGUUUCUAGCUGAUGUGAGCUGAUGUUCAUGGCGAGUACAUGUAUGGUCGUACACAUGCGCAUGUACACAUUGAAGGAGGCACACACACACACACACACAGACACGCGCGCACACACACACACACUCCAGGUAAUGAACCGAGUGAUUGUGCUGCCUGCUGCUGGUGGGUUUCAUAAUCGCAUGCUGUCCUGACUGACACCAGAGGGCGCUUGACAGCUGUAUUUUAUUUUUAAUGAGUCAAAGGUUUAUUGAUUUUGGUUUUUAUAAUAAGCCAAGGCUCUCUGCUAAAUAUCUCACAGCUGUUAAUGAAAAUCCUUUCGUCAAUAGUUUGUGUGAGAGUAUAUAUUAAAUAAAAGUAAUAUUUUAACCGA